UGCACAAAUUGAAGCAUUUAAAACCAGCCACCCCUUCUUUCUUUUUUCGUUCUUUAACAUGUUGAGAAACACGACCCGAAUUAUAUCCCCUCGUCGCUUACAAAGACCUGGAUUCCAAUACCGUUUUUUGACCACAGAAGCACCCGAACAACAGCAAGAACAACAAAAGCCAGAGAGAUAUGGUGCUUUUCGUAGUGCCCCUUCUUCUUUAGGUGUUCGAGAUCCACCUGUUGUUGAUCAUAACAACUGGAUUCAACGCAACAAACAAAAGCUUCGAGAUUUUGUUGAUUACGAAAAAGCAUUUGCUGCUCAUGCAGCUGAACGCCGACACUUAGUGGAAGAGGCUACCAAGUCUUAUUUUGCUGAUGUACAUGAGAUGCGCCAACAUGGUGGAAAGAUGUAUUUUGCCAAUACACAAUUGGUGAAACCCGAAAAAGCAGGCUACAUGCCAAACUUUGAAGCACAAAAUCUAUCGAGCCAAAAGAUCAACACAACUGAGAAAUUGGUUGGUAAGAUUACACUCAUGACAUUUGUGUAUGCCAAAUUUGGUGAACCUCAUGUAGAAACAUUCAUUAAGCCAUUCAUGCAGAAAUACAAGGACAACAAAGAUGUUCAAGUAGUAGAAGUCAAUGUACAAGAAAAUCUGUUGAAACAAUUACUGUUAAAAGCAUUUGUACCCAGUAUUCGAAAGAAUUUGCCACAAGAACGCAAAGACAACUAUUGUUUAAUUCUUAAAGACAUCAGCAGAACAAGAAAAUACUUGGACAUGACAAACCAGUAUAUUGGAUAUGCAUUCUUAGUAGAUCAAGAUUGUAAAGUUCGAUGGACUGCGCAUGGAGAAGCAACACCUGAAGAAGUCAGUAACAUGUUGGCCAUGACAGACUAUCUUUAUGAUAAAAAACUCAAGAUUACAAAGUAAAAAAAAAA